UGAAAAUCCAACUCCAAUCGCUUUCGCGACUCAACGGCGAUCCUUAACUCUCUCUCCUCACUGGAAACAGAAACUCAAGAGAAAGAGAAAGAAGAAAGGAACCUCUUUUUUCAGGGGAGAAAAAAGAAGCAGGUUCUGUUUGGCUCCUCAAACUUGAUCCCAGCUUCUGCAUCUCUUCUCUCCCUUCUUUAUUUUAAUCUAAUGUUGUAGUUUUUCUUUUUCUUUCAAUUUCUUUUGGGUUCUUCUUCUUAUUUUCUAGGGAAGAAACGAAAGAAGUGAAGGAAAAUUAAGGGGUAAAGAACCCAACGGAAUUUGUCAAUUGCCAGAAGUAGGGCAAAAGCAUAAGAGAGAAAAAGAUUUGAUUUUUGAGACGAAGAUUGGAUUUUCGAAGCCGGGCUAUUGGUAUUUUUGGGAAAGGAAAUGGAGAUCGAUAAUAUUGAGUGUGUCUCUUCAUCAGAUGGGGUUGAAGAUGAAGAGAUCCAAUCUUCAGUUUCUUCGCAUAAUCCUAGCGUGAUGCACCAUCACCCCCAUGCACCUCAUCUCCAUCAAUACGCUUCCUCAAAGCCUCAUUCUAAUAUAGUCCCGUCAGGAAUUGCCCCUACAAGCGUUCAUGAAUUGCUGGAAUGCCCCGUUUGCACCAAUUCGAUGUACCCUCCAAUCCAUCAGUGUCACAACGGACAUACACUCUGUUCUACCUGUAAAACUAGGGUUCAUAACAGAUGUCCUACAUGCAGACAAGAGCUUGGUGAUAUUCGGUGCUUAGCUUUAGAGAAGGUAGCUGAAUCGCUUGAGCUGCCCUGCAAAUAUUACUCCUUGGGAUGCCCAGAAAUAUUCCCAUAUUACAGCAAACUUAAACAUGAGGCACUUUGUAACUUCAGACCCUACAAUUGUCCAUAUGCUGGAUCUGAGUGCUCAGUUACUGGGGAUAUUCCUUAUCUCGUUGCCCAUUUGAGAGAUGACCACAAAGUGGACAUGCACACAGGAUGCACAUUCAACCAUCGUUAUGUAAAGUCUAAUCCUCGUGAAGUAGAGAAUGCCACUUGGAUGCUGACUGUCUUCCACUGUUUUGGUCAGUAUUUCUGCCUUCAUUUUGAAGCCUUCCAGCUUGGAAUGGCCCCUGUAUAUAUGGCUUUUCUCCGAUUUAUGGGUGAUGAGAAUGAAGCCCGCAAUUACAGCUACAGCCUAGAAGUUGGUGCUAAUGGCAGAAAGCUCAUUUGGGAGGGUACGCCGCGGAGCAUCCGAGAUAGUCACCGCAAGGUCAGGGACAGUCAUGAUGGUCUUAUUAUCCAAAGGAACAUGGCACUUUUCUUUUCUGGCGGGGACAGGAAGGAGCUGAAGCUUAGAGUUACAGGAAGAAUAUGGAAAGAACAACAAAACCCAGACGCUGGGGUGUGCAUACCAAAUCUCUGUAGCUGAAUCUUCAUUUUAUUUCCCCCUAUGGAGUGGUUUUUAUUUAUUUAUUUUUCCUUGUGCAUGUGUGUAUGUGUGUAAGAAGCACUCCCUGCAUGUGUUGUAUUUAGUUAACAAUUACUAAGUUGACGAGUCCUACAUCUUCACAACUAUUAUAUACACCUGAGGUUUGACUUCUAUCAAUUGUUAAUAAGAGCCUUUUUUACCCUUGACUACU